CCCACGCGCGCGCCUCCGCCGCACUGCUUCUCCUCCCCCUGUGCCUUUUCCCCAUCUUCCUCUGCCCCCUGGGUCUUCUCUUGCCGGCACACAGCCGUCCCCCUCCCCCCCUCGCCCCUGGCCCCGGCUCGGCCUCCCCCCUCCCAUGGCUGGCGCCGACUCGCGCCACGACUAUCGCCAGGCCCAGGAGGCCUGGGUCACCGGGCACACCGGGUCCUCCACGGCCGUGGCCCUGGCUCACAGCCUGCUGGUGGUGGUCCUCUCGGCGGUAGUCGCUCGCCUGGCGGCGGCCAGCCUGGACCGGCGCCAGGCCGGCACCUACACCCGGCACCUGGGCCUGGAGCUUGUCCUCUCGGCCGGGCCCAUGUGGCUGGCCCUCUGCUGGCCGGAGUGGAAUGCCACGGCGCUGGCGGCCCUCGGGGCCCUGGGACUGGCGCUGCUGGCCGACAAUGCCGGGGCCGUGUUCGGCCGGCCGACGCCGGAGGCCGACGCCGCGCGCCUCCAGGCCCUCAAUCACCCCCGGAAGUUGGCACUCAGCCACCUGCGAGCCGGGCUGCUGCUCUCCACCUGCAUCGCCAUCCUGGCCGUGGAUUAUGCCAUCUUCCCGCGCAGCUUCGCCAAGACCGAGAACUACGGCAUCUCAGUGAUGGACGCCGGUGUCGGGUGCUUUGUCUUCAUCGGGGCCGUCAGCUCGGCCCGGUGGGCACGCCUGGACCAGGAGCACGACGCGCCAGCCGGCGUGCCGCUGGCCCGGCGUCUGGGGGACCUUCUGCGCGCGGUCUGGUCCGCCUGGCCGCUGCUGCUGCUGGGAUUCGGCCGGCUGCUGGCCGUCCGAUCGACCGGGUAUCAGGAGCACGCCUCCGAGUAUGGCCGGCACUGGAACUUCUUCUUCACCCUGGGCGCGGUCCCGGCCCUGGUGACCCUGGCCACGGCGGUCUGCCGGCCGGGGCGCUUUGUCUGGCUGCUGGCGGGUCUGCUGCCGGUGUGGCAGUGGCUGCUCACCGGCUCGCCGGGCCCGGCAGCCGAGCUGGCCAUCACCGGCGGCCUCCCGGCCCCCGAGUGGGUGCCCUGGGUGGUGGGGCAAAACCGCGAGGGGCUGGUCAGCCUGGCCGGGUAUCUGGCCAUGGCGCUGGCCGGGGCCCGGGCCGCGGUGGCCCUCUUCACCCCGCGCCCGUCGGUGGCCGCCUGGCGCCGGGUUGCACUGGACCUGCUGGGCGCCAGUGCCCUCUGUUGGGCCGGGUACUUCCUCCUGUCGGAGGUCCUGGGCCUGGACCCCUCGCGACGUGUGGCCAAUCCGGCCUACGCGCUGUGGAUCGUGGCGGCCAUGCUCCUGGCGGUCGGGGCCCUGCUGCUGGCGGAGACGGUGCUCCCGGCUCCCGGCGGGUCGACUGCCGGCGGCCCCCUGGCCCGGGCCCUGACGCGCAACCAGCUGGCCCUCUUCCUGGCGGCCAAUGUCUCCACCGGCCUGGUGAACCUGACCACCCGGACACUGGAUGCGUCGCCGGCGGUCGGCCGUCUGGCCAUGCUGGCCUACACGGCCUGGCUUCUGGGCCUGGCCGUGCUGCUGGACCGGGGGCUGGAUGUGACGCUUCGGUGGUGGUAACAAUGAACUUGCGAGCGAUGGCUGGCUGUGCUAUGCUAUGCUAUGCUAUGCUGUGUUGUGUUGUGCUGCGCUGUGUUGUGCUGUGCUGUGCUGUGUUGUGCUGUGCUGUGCUGUGUUGUGCUGUGCUGU